UCCAUUUAGUAUAACUCUUUCUACCUCUUCUUUGAAGAAAAUUUGUGAAGCUAUUCUCUGGCCAAAAAUGGCUUCACUUCUUCCCCUUCAUCCCAUUCCAUCUCUUCCCAACUCUACUAAAUUUAACCCAUCACCCAUUUUCCACUCCCUCAGCUCAUGUUCAUCAAUGUCUGAACUUAAGCAAUUUCACUCCCAAAUCAUCCGUCUCGGCCUCUCUACAGACAACAAUGCAAUUGGCCGUCUCAUCAAAUUCUGUGCUGUUUCCAAGAUGAGAAUAGAGAAAGUUGUUUUGGAGAAAUAUGUGGCUGCUAGUAUGUUAUCAGCUUGUACAGGAUUAGGAGCACUUGAGCAAGGGAAAUGGAUACAUAGAUAUAUUGAGAGAAAUGGGAUUGAAUUUGAUUCAAAACUUGCAACUACAUUGAUUGAUAUGUAUUGUAAAUGUGGUUGUUUGGAUUGUGCUUAUGAAGUGUUUGUUCAUUUGCCUGAAAAAGGGAUUUCUUCAUGGAAUUGUAUGAUUGGAGGGAUGGCUAUGCAUGGGAAAGGAGAGGCUGCUAUAGAACUUUUUAAAGAUAUGGAAACCAAAAUGGUGAAACCAGACAACAUAACUUUCCUUAAUGUACUUAGUGCUUGUGCUCACUCUGGUUUAGUCGAAAAGGGUCAACACUAUUUCUAUCGUUUUACUCAAGUUUAUGGUAUUGAACCCAGAACCGAGCAUUAUGGAUGCAUGGUUGAUUUAUACGGGCGAGCCGGGUUGCUAGAGGAAGCAAUGAAGGUCAUAGAUGAGAUGCCCAUGAGUCCUGACGUAGGUGUGUUAGGUGCAUUUGUUGGAGCUUGUAAGAUACAUGGGAACAUAGAGUUGGGAGAGGAAGUAGGGAAGAGAGUAAUAGAACUAGAGCCUACGAAUAGCGGGCGAUACGUACUACUGGGAAAUCUAUACGCCGAGGCAGGGAGAUGGGAAGGUGUUGCAGAAGUAAGAAAGUUAAUGAAUGAUAGAGAAGUGAAGAAGGCUGCUGGAGUUUCCAUGAUUGAAUUGGAAGGUGUGGUGUAUGAAUUUAUAGCAGGUGGAAGGAAUCAUCCUGAAGCAAAGGAAAUAUAUGAUAAACUUAAUGAGAUGUUAGAAUGUAUAAGAAGUGAAGGAUAUGUAGCAGAGAAUGAAAUUGAGGAAGAGAAGGAUAAUCCUGUUUAUUACCAUAGUGAGAAACUGGCAAUUGCUUUUGGGUUGCUUAAAACUAAAGCAGGGGAAAUUCUUAGAAUCACUAAGAAUUUGAGGGUUUGUAAGGACUGUCACCAAGCUUUGAAGCUUGUUUCAAAGGUUUUUCAACGAAAAAUCAUUGUAAGAGAUAGAAAUCGUUUCCAUCAUUUUGGUAAUGGAGAGUGUUCUUGUAAUGAUUAUUGGUAAACAAAAUAUCAACUCAGCUUUCCUAAUGCUUCUUGUGAUCA